AUGAGUCUGGACGAGGAUGCCCGCUGGCUGGAGUGGGUGACCAAGCAGUUCGAGAGCAUCGCUGGAGACGACAAAGAGAUCGACAUCGAUGAGUUCAAAACAGCUCUGAAGGUCAAAGAGUCUUUCUUUGCAGAGCGUUUCUUCGCGCUGUUCGACUCAGACGGCAGCAGCUCCAUCAGUCUAGACGAGCUGCUGGAGGCUCUGGACCUCCUGAUCCAUGGCAGCGAGACGGACAAGCUCAAGUUCCUGUUCCAGGUCUACGAUGUGGACGGUCAGCGACCCAGCACACACAAACACACUCACACACACACACACCCCGUCCUGCUGCCACAAACACUCACUGCAGCACCAAAUGUGGAUUCAUCUGCCGCUGAAAAUAGCAGCGGCUCCAUCGAUCCCGACGAGCUGCGAACUGUUCUGAAGUCGUGUCUGCGUGAGAGCGCCAUCUCUCUGCCGGAGGAGAAGCUGGACGACUUGACGCUGGCGCUGUUCGAGUCGGCCGAUAAAGACAACAGUGGCGCCAUCACCUUCGAGGAGCUCAAAGCGGAGCUGGAGAACUUCCCCGAGGUGAUGGAGAACCUCACCAUCAGUGCUGCGAACUGGCUGAAGCCUCCUGAUCUGGAUCAGAAGAAGCGUCACGCUCCGCGCUACCUGACUCGAGCCUACUGGCACAACAACAGCCGGAAGCUGCUGUUCCUGUGUCUGUACGCCUGCCUCAGCCUGCUGCUGUUCACGGGGGCCGUGCUGCAGCACAGACAGGGGGGGGCCUGGUACAUGGUGGCCAAAGGCUGCGGGCAGUGUCUCAACUUCAACUGCACCUUUGUCAUGAUGCUGAUGCUGCGUCGCUGUUUAACCUGGCUGAGGGCGACGUGGGUGGUGCGGGUUUUGCCUCUGGACCAGAACAUCUUGCUGCACCAGAUCGUGGGCUACGCCAUCCUCUGCUACACGGUGGUCCACACCACCGCUCACAUCUUCAACUUUGGUACAAACCGACUCUCUCAGAGCGGGGAGUUCAGGCUGUGGGAGUACCUGCUGACCACCAGGCCGGGGAUCGGCUGGGUGAAGGGGACGGCCUCAGUGACCGGAGUCGUUCUGCAGCUCGUCAUCUGCCUCAUGGUGCUCUGCUCCAGCACCUUCGUGCGACGCAGCGGACACUUUGAAGUGUUUUACUGGUCUCACCUGUCCUACGUGUGGGUCUGGUCUCUGCUGAUGGUUCACUGUGCAAACUUCUGGAAAUGGUUUGUGGUUCCCGGUCUGGUCUUCCUGCUGGAGAAGAUCGUGGGAAUCGCUGUUUCUCGUAUGGGAGGUCUCUACAUCGUGGAGGUCAACCUGCUGCCGUCCAAGGUGACUCACCUGGUGAUCAAACGUCCUCAGUUCUUCCAUUUCAAACCUGGAGAUUACGUCUACAUCAACAUCCCAGUGAUAGCAAAGUACGAGUGGCAUCCGUUCACCAUCAGCAGCGCCCCAGAGCAGUCAGAUUCUCUCUGGCUUCACAUCCGCUCGAUGGGUCAGUGGACCAACCGCCUGUACGAGUACUUCAGACAACCAGAGAGCCAGACCAUCAGUCCCAAGAGGCUGGCCACCAGCCUGAGGAACCACCGACAGCUGAGGAAGGCCCAGGUUUCUGCCAAGUUUGGUGAGAAUCACAGAUUCUGCAACAUCAAGUGUUAUGUAGAUGGACCGUACGGGACUCCUACCAGACAGAUCUUUGCCUCUGAGCAUGCUGUCCUGAUCGGGGCCGGGAUCGGCAUCACGCCAUUCGCCUCCAUCCUGCAAAGCAUCAUGUACCGAUAUCGCAGGAGGAAGCAGAACUGUCCCAACUGCAACUACUCGUGGUGUGAAAACAUUAAAGACAGCGACAUGAAGCUUCGCAAAGUGGACUUCAUCUGGAUCAACAGAGACCAGAAAUCGUUUGAAUGGUUCGUCAGUUUGCUGACCAAACUGGAGAUGGACCAGGCCGACGAGGAGCCAGAAGGUCGUUUCCUGGAGAUGCACAUGUACAUGACGUCAGCGCUCAGUAAGAAUGACAUGAAGGCCAUCGGCCUGCAGAUGGCGCUGGACCUUCUGGCCAAGAAGGAGAAGAGAGACUCCAUCACUGGACUGAGGACCAGAACCCAACCUGGACGACCUGAGUGGGGGAAGGUGUUUCAGAAAGUGUCUGAGGAGAAUAAAGGCAAAGUCCACGUGUUUUACUGCGGCUCUCCUGCUCUGGCUAAAGUCAUCAAAGCUCAGUGUGAACACUUCAGCUUCAACUUCUACAAGGAGAACUUCUGA